AUGGCCCCAGUCAUCCACCCCGGGCACAUCGGGCUGCGCUCCCUCGGCGCUCUGGGCAAGCACGACGACUACCCCGACUAUCCCGAUGUUGACCUGGACCCGAUUGCGCGCUUCAUUCUCGUGUUUGUCUUCUCCUUCCUGGCUAUCACGAUGCUCCUCGUGUUCCUCAAGCUGGCGGGCAUUUGCUUGCUGGCCUGUAUGAUUGGGUGCAGGAAUGGGCCUGAGGAGAGGGUGGUUUACAGGGUCUACCAACCGAUACCCGGGAACGUUCAGCCCCAACCUCACCCCGCCCCAAACCUGCACGGCGCAGACCACGGAGAGAGCGGCAGUGGUGACGCCCCGCCGCCGCCGUACUCUGCGCAAGCGUCGACGCAGAUAGCCCAUCUGCUCCUUCUGUUUAACCCAACCACACCAUUAAUCUCUCAUUCACGCUCGCCCGCCUUUCAGCUCUGUCAAUCUACAACGUACCGCAAGGCGAUCAGAAGUUUGGUCGCAUCAUGUCUCGAUAACGAACCCGAAAUGUUUAUGUUAUGCAUCUUCUCGUCCGGCUUGAGUCCGCACUUCCCAGACACUGUGAAGAUGAAGGAACGCCGACAGAAAGGGUCUCCCCCGAGUGCUAAUCCAGUGAUGAGUGACAGCGGCCAAGGGAGAGGCAAAGUGGCGCCGGGCGGUGGCGUCCUCGGCGACUCUCGGACCAUUCGUCCCUGUCUGCCCAGUUUGAUCAACCUUGCCUUUCUUCUGUCCUCAACUUCUCACGAGAGUGUGAUGCGAUGGGUCAAGGCAGGAGCUCUCCCCGUCCCCUCUUCUUCUCCUCAUCUCAUCUCAACCUCGACUCUCGCCUCCAGCUUCCUUGGCAUCAUGAACAGCACGCUCGUCGACGUCCUCCUCUUCCUCCUCUUCCUCACCCUAACCCUCGCAUCACCACUAGCCUUCCCGAACCCGCAUCCAGACCCGCACCCGCUAGACCCCGCCACCACCCCUGCGGCAACCAUCAUCCCCGCCCGCGUCCACCCAAACUACCACGACCCCGCGCUAGGUCUCUCCGGCAUCCAAAUCGCAGGCAUCAUCAUCUGUUCCCUUGUCGGACUGUUCAUUCUCGGCUUCCUUGCGCUGGUUACCUGGGACUCGUACCAGGACGGCAAGGGGCGGAGGGGUAUGGACGACUUUGACGAUUUCGGAUUCGGCUUUCCUAAUAACGCUCCCCACGCACGUAUCUCCUCCAACCCCUUCUCGCCCCGUUCGCCCGCGAGCGACAAGUUUGACCGGUCUAUCCACCACUAA